AUAUGUUGGGAGGCCUUGCCUUCUAUCCAUCACUGGGUUAUAAUCUUCUACGGAAUUACAUACAACCUCAGAAGUGGUGUUGGUUUAACCGAGUAGAUGAAAAUCUCAUUGUAGGGGCUUUACCAUUCAAGUCAAUGCGAGAUGAGCUUGUAAAUAAAGAGAAUGUUGGAGGUGUUGUAUGUUGCGUAGAAGACUAUGAAUUGAAUCUAGCUUAUAAUGCAAUGACUAAAGAGGCAGGACGGACACGAAGCGCUACAGUAGCGGUUUGCUAUCUUGUCAAGAAACACGACUGGCUACCAAAUGUAGCAAUGGAGUUCUUGAAAUCUAAGCGGCCACAGGUGUGUAUGAGCACAUAUCCUCGUUAUGUUUUUGAAAUCAUUUAUCAAUACGCAAAACUGUUUAUAUAUUUGCUCGGGACCAUUCUACGUAAUGCUCACUGGCGCACUGCGAACGAAUAUCGCCGUUUUCUCGAUCAUCAUAUGGCCAACGAUCAAAGAUCCGGAUCUUUGUAAAU